AUGGCUCACAACACCCGCUUUGAAACCAUGGCUUCUCGCUUCUCACCCUCUCGUCUGCGCAACUCCCUACGCCGCAGCUCUUCAGCCUCCACUUCCACACAAGCAUCAUACUCGUCUGUCAACACGAUGGGUUCAUCUGCUGCCGCUACCAUCAACAGCGUCAUCUCCCGCCAGCCUUCCCUUCUGAACCUAGAAGCUGAGCGUAAGAGUUUCGGGACAAUGCACUCCUUCGCUUGUGAGUUAUGCAAGGGUGCGAAACGCAUGUCGCGGUCCACAGAGACCCCUGAAAUACCCGCGUCGAUGUCAACAGUCGUAGCGAUGCGGAUGCCACUUUUGAUCGACAUUCCAAAGCCAGACGAUGAUGCGAGCAGAUUCUUCUGCUGUUGCAAUGCUGCAACCAUCAUUAGAAGUAUCAAGAGGUAA